GAUAUGGAAACUGUUAUGGGUAACCAAAGUUAAAAUCUGAAAUUAAGAAAAAUAAACUAAAAAUGGUUUCAUAACCGAGUUCUUUGGCAAUUAUUUAAUAAUUUUUUUAUGGAACAUAACAUGUUAGUCAAAAAUGAACAUGUUCUUUGGAAACUGCAUAGGCAGCUGUGAUCAGCUGGCUGGACCGCCGCCCGACUUCAUUUUAUCGAUGCCUCCGCCACCGCUGCCAUUGUUUCUCAUUUCGAAACCCGCGACAGUAGACGCCCUGGUUUCCUUAAAUGAGUCUCAGCCCUGUUUCGCCGCUUUUAUGUGUGGACAAGCUUACAACCGGAACGAGAGUGGCAAUGCGAUAAUGGAGCUGGUGCGGAACGACUCCAAGAGCCUCGAGAGCCUUUGGCUCUUCAUUUCAUCUUGUAUCGGAAUUUUCGUGCUUGGAUGUUUCUUGGCCCUUAUAGUGAUUCGCUGCAGGGAGUCUUUCUUCUCGUAUCAUGACUCCAACAUUAAGCAGACUUCUAUAAAUGCUCUUGGUGAGGCCGCCAAGUCAAAUGCCUUCACUUCCGGUGGCAUUUUGUAUCCUUGUGCCACGGCGAACAGUCGGGAUCUACUACAGAGUCAGUUAGUCAACGACAGUCGGCUGCUGUGGGCCACUCUCACUCCUCAUGGCACCCGGCACUUCAUCAUUGACAACUCGCAGGACGCCGGGCACUACGAAUCAGUUGAUUAUCGUGGAAAAUCGCACAGCCAAGUUUUUCGCGGAUAUGCCAAGCACUCCCAGUCUUUUGUAAAGUCCUUUGACAAUAAUGGCUUCGUUGACUAUGAUUAUGAAGACCCCACGCCCUUGAUGGAAUCCUAUCACGAUGACAUGGACUCUGGAUACCAAGAGCCUCACGAUGUGACAGGAUCUCUGAAGCGUUCGCCGAUGCGCGUUUUGGACUCUAAAAACGAGACCCCAUCCAGUGUCGAAUCCCAAUACAACUCCAACUCAAAUUCCAACAGCGGCAUCAGUCCGGCCCCGAAUCAAAACGCACUAUCCACCAGCCGCAAGACAACGCUCUGCCGCCGAAUCAGUGACGCCUCCUUACAUAACGGAACAUCUAUUUAAUGAACCAUAAGGAUCAGCCAAAGACUACUAAGGACUACUAAGGACCUUUUAAAUUAAGACGCUUUCUGGGACAUUAUUUGU